GUCUUGCUGGCCUCCCCCGAGAUCCCGCCGGCUACCAAGAAGAUCCGCGUCAAGGCAAUGGGACCCGAGGUGCGUCGGGCCACCAAACGCGUGCGGACCAUGACAUUGCCGGGGGCCGACGACGACGACGAGUUUGCCCAAGGACCCAUGGAGACCUUCUUGAAAACGCUUGUAAAAAGCAGCACUCCCCAACCCAGGGCCACACCCAAAGGGAAGCCGAAACUCCCAACCAAGCCGAAAAUCCCGCCCAAGACACCCAUCUCGUUGCGGUUACCGGACGACGAUUGGGAAGAGGAAUUGGCGGCGCCCAUUCCCAGUACGUCCAAGAGCAAAGGGAGUGCCACGUUGAACAAAGGCAAGUCGCCUCUCUCUGUCUCGAGACCCCCCUUGACCGUCAAGAAACCCAGCCGAUUUGGACAGGCGGCCAAAGAGGGUAAGAAACUGGCCAAGGAAGUGCUCAAGUUGAAACGACAACCCGGCUGGAGCGAGUGGGGGGAGAAGGUUCAGCGUAAACUUCAUGGCAUCGAGCCGUGGCCGUCGUCGCCGCCGUCGCAUGAUCGGUCGGGGCUUAGACGUGCAAAAAUGGUUGGCUAAGACAGGUAUCGAAUUUCAUUGGCCCGGGUACCAAUACAUGGGCCCAGGCACCCAUUUGGAGAAACGCCUGAAGCGCGGGGAUCCCGGCAUCAACCGGUUGGACCGCAUUGCGAAACAACACGACAUCGAUUAUUCUCGUGCGCGCAAUCUCCAGGACAAGUGGAAAACCGACGACAAGAUGAUUCGCGCCAUCCAAACCCUCCCGGGAAAAAAGACCUGGACCGAAGCCAUCGUCAAAAAAAUCAUGCAAGCCAAACGCAAAUUGAAACUGUAA